AUGGAGCACAUGUUCAUUCAUGUCAAAAAGCCGGGAGAUGCCCUCAAUUUAGCAAAAGGAUCUCCAGUUCGAUCGCACGUGGCUCGUCAGCAGUGGAAAAGCCAUAAUGAACAGCGAUUGCUAGCUGCAUCUUCGACGGCUGUGAGACGGGAGGAAUUCCUUCCGAUCCGUGUCGAAUUAGACUGUUCAGCCCUGCAACCGAAAGGUGGUGAUCCUGCAAUAGCAUCAAGUCAAGAAAUUGUCAAUCCUCAUAGUGACUUUCUUUCAAUACCGCCCUUAAUAGGCGGGUUUCGGGUCGAUCCGUUCAGAUCCUACCCAAUCCCAUGGAGACCUUUUAUCCCGCCACUCGUGGACCAUUAUCUGGGAACCAUGGCAGUUGACAUCCCCGAGCUCGACCAGCCGGGAAACCGGGGACUACUCCGAACGAGCUGGUUCCCACUAGUGAUGACCGAGCCAUGCCUGUUCCUGGUCAUCGUGCUGCUUGCGGCAUCAAACUAUGCAUCCGUGCACCAAACCUCCAUGGAUCUGAAACUUAAUCUCCUCAGUCUGCGAUGCGAAGCUGUGAACUCGAUCAACCGCGCCUUGGACGAUCGACAUGGUGCCGUAGACGACGCGCUAGUGGGCGCAAUAGCUAAAAUGGCAAGCUACGAAGCCAUGUUUGGCGAUCUGGAUAAUUACAGCGUGCAUAUGCAGGGCCUUCGGCAAGUCGUCGGGCUACGCGGUGGUUUGCCAUCGCUCGGUCUGAAUGGUUUGCUUCGUCGGAUGGUGGUUUGGAUCGAUCGCAACGGAGCCUUUCUUAAUGGAUCGUCGCUAUAUUUCCCCGGUGCUACUUUUGCUCCUGGUCAACCAUUGCCUGAUCCUAACCCUGGCCACUUUCUGGGAGCUUCCUAG